AUGCAACCGUUAGAAGAAACGGACAACGUAAAAGUAGCCGUGCGGUGCCGGCCAAUGGAUAAAAAAGAAAUUGCAAUGAACUGCCAGUCUGUGAUUUCGGUGAGUGAAUUGGAUGGAUGUGUGAUAUUAAAGCGCACAAGUUCAUGUGAUGACCCUCCAAAGCAAUUUACUUUCGACCUUGUUUUCGGUUGUGGAAGUAAACAAACUGAUAUUUACAACAUGGUAGCGAGACCAAUUGUUGAUAAAGUUUUAGAAGGAUAUAAUGGAACUAUAUUUGCUUAUGGACAAACAGGUACUGGAAAAACAUUUACAAUGGAAGGGAUCAGGUCCGAACCAGAACUGAGAGGUAUUAUUCCAAAUUCAUUUGCCCAUAUAUUUGGGGCAAUCGCGAAAGCUGAUGCGAAUACGAGAUUUCUGGUUCGUGUUUCAUAUCUGGAGAUAUAUAAUGAAGAGGUUAGAGAUCUUCUUGGAAAAGAUCAAUUUGCACGUUUGGAUGUUAAGGAGAGACCAGAUAUUGGUGUGUAUGUUAAAAAUCUAUCUUCCUUUGUUGUACACUCCCCAAAUGAAAUGGAUAAAUUGAUGUCGUUCGGAAACAAAAAUCGUGUAACUGGUGCAACUAAUAUGAACGAGCAUAGUUCACGUUCACAUGCAAUUUAUACAAUAACAAUUGAAUGUAGCGAACAUUCGGAGAAGAAUAAAACAUUACUUCGUCAAGGGAAAUUACACUUAGUUGAUUUGGCUGGAUCUGAAAGACAAGCAAAAACUGGUGCAACUGGAAAACGUUUACAGGAGGCGAAUAAGAUAAAUUUAUCGUUAACUACAUUGGGUAAUGUGAUUUCUGCAUUGGUCGAUGGUAAAUCAACACACAUACCAUAUCGUAAUUCCAAAUUAACCCGACUAUUACAAGAUUCACUAGGUGGAAAUUCUAAAACUGCUAUGAUAGCAAACAUAUCACCGGCCGAUUAUAAUUUUGAUGAAUCAUUGAGUACAUUAAGAUAUGCAAAUCGGGCAAAAAAUAUAAAGAAUAAAGCGAAGAUAAAUGAAGAUCCAAAAGAUGCAAUGCUACGUCAAUUCCAAAAAGAAAUUGAACAACUCCGUAAACAGUUGGAAGAAGGUGGCAUACCUUCAGACCCAACAAAUGCGGAAGAAAAAGAUAGUGAUGAUGAUAAUAAUGGAAAUGGUACAAUCGAUCACAAUGAUCAAGAAAACAGAUUGAAGAAAUCAAAAGGAAAUACAGCAAAACUGAGUAAACAAAAAAUGGCUGAAAUUCAACGUAUGAUUGAAGCUGACAGACGUAAGUUAGAAGAAGAGAAAGAUAUGGCUAUAGAGGAACGAAACCGUAUUCAGAAACAUCUUGAGACCAAAGAAAACGAAUUAAGACAAGUUGAAGUAACUCGUAAUAAUCUAACGAAACGUAUGGAGGCAUUACAAAGUCGCAUAAUUGUUGGAGGUGAAAAUUUAUUAGAAAAAGCUGAAAUACAAGAAAAAUUAUUAGAAAAAUCAGCGAUUGAAUUACAAAAACAACAAUUACGUGCGGAACAAUUACAUCAAAAAUUAAAAGAAAAAGAGGAAGAACGUAUCAAUAUUGAAGAAAAAUAUAAUAAUCUACAGGAAGAAGCUGCCGGGAAGCGUAAAAAACUACGUAAAUUAAGUACAAUAUAUUUGCAAGCCAAGUCGGAACUUGAAGAUAUGAAAAAUGAACACGUUCGUGAAAUGGAAGGCUUAGUAGAUAAUAUACGUCAAUUGGAAAGAGAAUUGGCUCGUUAUACUCUAAUCAUCGAUCGAUUUAUUCCACAAUCAUACCAAGCUCUCAUUGAACAAAAUGUACAGUGGAACGAGGAUAUAGGUGAAUGGCAAUUAAAAUGCGUAGCGUACACAGGAAAUAAUAUGCGAAAACCUGAAAAGCAAACACCCGAACCUCCGAUCGAUCUCGCACACGUGUACUUGAAAUAUACGGACAUAUCGAAUUCAGAACCGAGCCAGAAGAAAACUAAACCAACUAGGAAAUAAAAGCUCUUCCCUAACAGCCGGUUUUCAUUAUUCAGCAUACACACACUACUUCAUACUAAUGUCACCCCAGUCCGUGAAGUGUAUGUGGAAGUAACCCGUAACUUUCAUACCGUGCAAACUAGAGUGGACGAAGACCCG